GAGACAGAGAGUUGUAAAGCCCCCGUUCAACAUGUCACCAUACCGACAGUAGUUGUCACUAAUGUUUACGGUGCAGCACCAUGUGAGGGAUCAGGCUGUCCUCAGCGUCGCGUUGCCAGUCAGUGUGAUGUGAGAGUAAUGGAAGCACAAGUUGAAAUCAUCACAGAAGGACAAGGUUCGCCAGUUUAUCUCUGUCACGCAAGCAGGGGACAGAACAGCUGUGCACUGCCUGACUCAGAAUGACUGGAAACUAGAAAUCGCCAUCGACAACUAUUUCCAGAACCCAGACCUGUACUAUAAAGAACCCAUGAGAACCUCAGUGGACCGCAAGAAGCUUGAACAGCUCUACAACAGAUACAAAGACCCCCACGAUGAGAACAAGAUAGGCAUCGAUGGGAUCCAGCAGUUCUGCGAUGACUUAAAUCUGGACCCAGCCAGCAUAAGCAUACUAGUAGUGGCUUGGAAGUUCAGAGCAGCCACGCAGUGCGAGUUUAGCAGGAAGGAGUUCUUCGAUGGAAUGGUGGAGCUCGGCUGUGAUAGUCCAGAAAAACUGAAGGCCAUCCUUCCCAGGCUAGAACAAGAUCUGAAAGACAAUGGGAAAUUCAAAGAUUUCUACCAGUUUACGUUCAGCUUUGCCAAGAACCCAGGCCAGAAAGGUUUAGAACUAGAAAUGGCUGUGGCUUACUGGAAUCUAGUUCUCACAGAUCGAUUCAAGUUCUUAGAUCUAUGGAUCCGCUUCUUGCAAGAGCAUCACAAACGCUCAAUUCCUAAAGACACCUGGAACCUCCUCCUGGACUUUGGCAACAUGAUUGCAGAUGAUAUGUCUAACUAUGAUGAAGAAGGUGCCUGGCCUGUGCUCAUCGAUGACUUUGUGGAGUUUGCUCGGCCAAUUGUAGCAGGAAAUAAACUCAACAUGACGUAAUAUUUGCCACAGCUUCACCAAAUGGAGGAUGCCGUUUUCUUUCUUCCGUUGUUUUUCUAUUUAUUAAUGAGAUUAUGAUACAAGGUAGCCUAAAGAAACAGCUUCUAAGUAGGUUGGCCUGCAGAUUUUCAAUAAUUAUUCUGCUGCUAAGAGGCCUUUGAAGAGGAGAAGAAAUACAGUGGAAAAAAAACAACAACAAAAGAAGAGGGAAGUGUUUUGUUUUUACUUUCUGCUGUUGUGGACAGAUGCUGGAAAUGUUUCAUGAAACUGAUGAGUAAACCGAUACUCAUCCCUUAAACUUGCAAUGGUGGUAGGUUUGAACUGCCACUGUGGACUCAUUUAAAAUCACUCUCAGCAAAGCAGGCAGCCAGACUAAAAUGGGCUUUUAAGUGGUGUGAAUGAAACAUUGUGAUAAGGCUUGGCUGUUCUGUCAGUUAGUAUGAAGCUGGUUGAUGUAGUUGAGGUUAUCAAAAUUUGAGAAUAUGUGUUUGCGUUUGUCACUGUAUGUCGUACGAGUGCGUUGGGUGGAGGUAAAAUAUGUUGCCUUCUGCACAAAGGCUGUUUUUUUUUUUGGUUUGAGAUAUCAUAUAGUUAACAUUCACCAAGUGAGAGUGAAAAUGUUCAGAUACACUAUUUACAUCCAGUCCGAUGACUGGACGAAGCAUCACGUUUUCUGAUCUCAGCACCAGCAUAAAGGUUGCUAUAAUGAUUAAAAUCCAGCUCUCAUCAAAAUGAGAAUCUAGAUGGUCAAAAAUAUAUAUUUGACAUUGCUUGCACAAGACAGGUAAUGGCAUUUAGAAUCUAUUUGUUCACACUAAGCUUUUUCUAUUUUCCAUUCGGACAAUGGAAAAACCUUUACAUAAUUUAGGGUUGGCGUUGCAGUGCCUAAGAGCUUGAAUUUCAACCUGUAUGUGGACUGUUUUCAGUUACCCAGGUGAAGCCUUGUCACCUCUUCAAACUGCACUGAUAUACACUUUUACAAGUACAGAGCUGUUCAGUUUACAUUACAGUAAGUUAAACUU